AUGGAGCAAUUUAGGAUGUCCACGGCUUUGUGUGACUAAUGGGUACAUUGAGGGAGUUACAGUUGGUGAUUUCAAAUUAAACCACUGAGGGUGUGUCUGGGUCACUGUUACUACUACGGCAUGCAGGAUGGGACAAACUCGCUCGGAUCUCUCGCACAGCAGCAGCGCCAGCCCAGGCAGAGCGAAGUGGAAAGCAGGCGAAACAGCCCAGCGCCUCCGUAUCUGCACAUUUAGGAGCGGGCAGAAGCGACGGGAGUACCAACUGAACAAAAACCCAAUGAAAAAUAAUGUGUUAUCGUGUCUGGGAAGGAGAAAGCGAGACUCCAGCCAAACUGACGCGGAUUUACCUUGCGGAAACGCAGCUGGAGAUCCAGCAACGCGCCGCGAUCACAGAGUAGGAAAGUUGCCGAGGGACGAGGUAGUGUCGGCGGCUAGGGAACACCGAGCUUCCGCGGGUUGUUUUGAGGCUCCAUCCGGAUUGGAUGGUCAUGUAGAGGCUAUCCAAAACGCCGUGAACCGAGAAGACGGAUCAUCAGAUGCGUCAGGUUUGGAAACUCGGACCGGUGAAGUCGAGGAGCCGAAAUCCGAGCGAGAGUACAAUGCCUCGGAUGCCCCGACGAGGGCCAUGGAAGAUCAGCCACCGUGGGGAAACAACCUGGGUGGUAUUGUGUGUGAGGCUCGGGAAUUAACGGGGGCUAGUAGUGUGAGUUCAGCCCCGCUGCUCACCUCUGACACGGACACUGAGAGGACUUCCCCGGAUCAACCUUUGGACAGUGGGCUAUCGAUACCGGAGGAUCACGUUGAGGCUAAAAUGACAAAAAGUGACUGCAGCAGCGUGUCAGGUCGGCCCGAUCCCAGCGGGGAACGUGAGACCUUGAAGGAUUCUGACAAGGCCCUUCAGAAUCCCCCAGGAGGUUUCCAAGGAACUAUACCGACACUUAUCAUCACCAGAGACCCCAGCCCGACCCGCCCCCUGGAGACACCGACCCUGCUGACCCCCGGCUCGUGUCUGGAGCCUCAGCCGGAUGACGAGUCCCCCUGCUCGGACAGUGGCUGCGGAGGGUCCCCUGCCCUGAUGCGGUCACCGAGGAAGCUGUCCAACUCCUCCUCCAUCGGCCUGUCCUCAGCCUCGUCCUUCGAGGAGUCCGAGGACGACUUCACUGGGAGCGACUUCGAGUCCAGCCUGUCUCCGGCCCGGUCCAUGUGCAGCCCGGACGAUGGCUCAGGGAAUAAGUCCUGGCAGAAACUAAAGACCAUGGUUCACUGGUCCCCCUUCGUCGUGUCCUUCAAGAAGCGUUACCCAUGGGUGCAGCUAGCCGGCCACGCAGGUAACUUCCAGGCCGGGGAGUACGGCCGCCUGCUGAAGCGGUACUGUGAGUGUGAGCAGCUGUGUCUGCAGCAGCUGAUGAAGGACACUCUGCGCCCCUACGUGCCGGGGUAUUAUGGGGUCGUCCAGAGAGACGAGCAGGACUACAACCUGAUGGAUGACCUGCUGGCUGACUUCGACUCGCCCUCCAUCAUGGACUGCAAGAUGGGCAGCAGGACGUACUUGGAGGAGGAGCUGUUGAAGGCCAGAGAGCGUCCACGUUUGCGAAAGGACAUGUAUGACAAGAUGGUAGCGGUGGACCCCGGGGCCCCCACAGAGCAGGAGAAGGCCCAGCAGGGAGUCCUCAAACCCAGAUACAUGCAGUGGAGGGAGACCCUCAGCUCCACAGCCACCAUGGGCUUCCGCAUCGAAGGAAUAAAGAAAGCUGAUGGAACUUGUAACACCAACUUUAAGAAGACGAAGCGCAGGGAGCAGGUGAUGCAGGCCUUGGAGGACUUUGUAGCUGGCAACACUCAGAUUCUGAAGCUCUACCUGCAGCGGUUGGAGGAACUUCGAUCAGUCCUCGAGCAGUCGCUCUUCUUCAGGUCACACGAGGUCGUAGGCAGCUCCCUGCUGUUCGUGCACGACGCCUCGGGGAAGGCCAGAGUGUGGAUGAUCGACUUUGGGAAGACGGUGCCCCUGCCGGACCCCCGCACCCUGGACCACAGGACCCCCUGGGUGGAGGGUAACAGGGAGGACGGCUACCUGUGGGGGCUGGACAACCUCAUAGACAUCCUCAGCACUAUGCUCCCACAGACCCCCUGAGAGGGAGGACCCUAAUGAUACAUUUGUGAUACAUAAUCAGGAGAGUUUGGAGAAAAGUAGACUGACAGAGGAAGGAUUAGAAAAUGACCACCAGUUGGGUCUUCACUACCCACGCCAAGUGUCUUUAUCCUAUUGUACUUGUGUGAGAAAAGACGAAAACAAGGGCAGGAGCUUUAUUGAAAGUGGAAUAUGCCAAAGAUCGACUACAUGCAUUAUGCUCCAUUUGUGGAUCCUCGGGACAGAUGAUCUGCGAGGAGUUGAUGCAAGGAAGAGAAAGAGGGAGAAUUGCAUGCAGCAUUGUAACUUUUUUGUCAAAUGGAGAGUACAGUCCACGGAAAUCAUGGACCUCUCACUGCCCUCUUUUCCUACAAAGGCAGUUCUCCCUUCUCAACAUCUCCCCCUGUUGGUUAGAGUUGCACACAGCACUCUCACAACCAUGAACCUGAUCCAGAGGCCUUUCCACAACGCCUUCAAGGAGCACUAGGCAAAGGGGAAUGUUAUUUUUUGUGAUGUAUAAGUACACGGCAACACUAAAACACUGGUCAGACCACGUGUUAACUAACUCAGUGUGUAAAUACAUUUUUAUUUAAUUUUUUUUUUUGGCCUUGGUAUAACCUCCUUACCUUGUUUGUAAUAUUUCUGUGCCUCGCAUUUUCAAAGAGCGGUUGGAUCAUUCCAGUGCAGUGGACUCAUGCUACUUUCCUUCCAAAGAGUUCACCCAAGUGUAAACUGAUUUACAAUAUAGUCCCAAAGCUUAACUUGUUGCAAGUGUUUUCUAAAUUUGGAUUUUUGUAUGAUAUGCAGUGAAAGGUUUUUUGAAUCUCAUUGAACUGUGCAGUAAGCAGCUUGGCAGCCAUGUUUGUCUGGGAUUUGUUGCACUAUGGAUCCUCCCAAAGCCAUUGAACAAAUCAAGCGGUGCCUCAGAGUGUCUUAAGAUGGGAAGCAGCAGUCAAGUACUGGGUUUACAGAUGCAGAAAUGUACACGUUUAUUGCAUGAAUUCAAUUUGUUAUCACUUCAUUUAAUCUGAUCAGUGUUGCUUCAGAUUUGCUGGGAGUUUCACAGAAAAGCAGUGGUGCAGAGAGUGAAAUUAAACUGGAAAUACCUGAUUAAACUGAUAAGGCUUUUGUAAGAUUACAUUAUAUAUCCGCUUACAUGUGAUCUUCAAAUGUAACCUAUGAUUCAACGUAUGACACAUAAUCAAAUCAAGAAUAUUACACAAGGAUGUUGAGUAAAUCUCAUUUAGUCACACUAAACACGGUUUGGUUGAAUUUUCUGUUCGCAGGAUGGAAAGUUUACAAAUCAAAACCUUGGUUAUGAUACUAUAUGAAGUCAGUGCUUAUGAUAAUGUCUGUUGUUCCUUGACUGCAAUGCAGCAGGUCGGUGAACUCGUCAGUUUCGGUUAGCUGUAAACAUCUGACUUCAUGUAAUCUGAGAACACAUUUUAGGAAUUUGGUUUUUCCAUUUCCUGAAGAGUAAACGUACACGGAGAGAGGAUUAAGCUGUUUACAAAGUAUUAUAUUUCUUAGCCCACAAAUCCUCUAUAUUUGUAAAAUGGCAAAUGAUCAGGUUCUCAAACUGGGUGCUGCUUUAUAGGUAAGAAAACUGGAAUUAUAAUCACAUUUUGUAUUUUCAAUUUUAAAGCUGCAAAGCACAAACAGGCUGCUGAACAUUGAUAUUAAUUCCCUGCUUUGUCCAGAUCAUGGAUUGCAAUAAACUGGAAAUAAGAUA